AUUGUUUGUGUUCAAACCUUAAGCUUUGCAUGUCUAUGCAUUAGAUCAAAGAGUUUACUGUUUAUUAUGCUGCAAGACUGUGUAUCAAAACUUCUUAACUCGUCAUGGUAAUUCAAUUCGAUGAGGUUUGGCUUGUUUUCAACCAUCUUGUUUGCGCGAUAUUUUGUAAUUGCUCAAACACAACGUUUCAAAUCAGAGCAUUAGAGGCAAGUCCGAUAUUUAGUUUAACCAGUUUCCUGUGGUCUAUUUGCAGUAUCACUACGAGUAUUACUCUUGUGACCGUGCAGCUUACUGUAUUGAAUAGAUUGUUUUCUGAAGUGUUAUUUGAGCCGAAACAAUUUGGAGCACAAGCCACAGUAACAGACAGAUUAUGGACUCCGACGGAGAGUCCUUCCAUUCCGAGGAACCUCCUGUCAUUCAGCUACAAUCACAUAGUCCGAGUGUUGACUCCUGUCUCGGAGAAGAAGUUCUGGACGAACAGUUUGGCACGCCUGAUGAUCACCCAAUCGUCCCGGAAGAACUGCCUGAAAUUGUGGUCCAUGAAUCGUCACUGCCCUUGCCUAAUACACCACCCACUGAUCAAUCUUCUCGAAGUGCAUCGCCAUCAUCUAGGCCUGCCACGGCCCCCGAUUUAGAACGAAGACGGAGUUCAACCACACCUCUACCGACAGCAUUGUCUCCUGGAAGUGACAGAGGUAGAAGUCACUCAGAUCCGCCGCCUGUAGACCCAGACGAUCUGAAAAACUCUGUCAAGUAUGACGUGUACUUCUCCUUUCCUGAAUACAGAGACGAUAUUACUGAAAACACGAAUUCAACGUUUUUCGGCGAGAUGAAGAAAAAGUUCAACGAAGCUUUCAGUUGGAAAGAAGAUGGCGGGCACUAUGGUAACAGUGGUGAUGUGAGCAGAAAUAGUCCCUCUGUAAAUUCAUCUGGAUUGCGCAUGAGAUCCGAAGCGAUACGGGAUGCGUCGCCUGAUAACCGACAAACAUUGGACAUAAACGAGGAACAGUUAUCAGAAAGCGAUCUUAGAGCACGGGGAAAAACAUCCGUGUCAUCUACGAAUUCAACAGGCAAUGCAAGAACGAAAGGAGCAGUUGCGCAUUCUGAAGAUAACCGAAAACAAAUUGAGGAUCGCAUCAAUCUAUUGAGGAGAAACAAAGCUAAAGAGCACAUGCAAAGAUUCUGGAUGCCGGAUUCAACUUGUACUGAAUGUUACAGCUGUUUGCGACCCUUCACGAAGAUCAGAAGGAAGCACCAUUGUAGAAUUUGUGGAAACAUUUUUUGUAACAGGUGCUGCAGUAACUACCUGGCAAUCAUGAUUGGAAUGGAUCUGAACAAAAACCGAACUGAGAGAACGUGUAACUAUUGUCGGGAAACAGCUGAGAACUUUUGUAGCCCAAGCACGGUAGCAAGUAUCGAGUCAGCUAAUUUAGCUGGAAGUUCAGUUGGUCGUAAAACCUCAACUGGGUUGCCCGAGUUCCCGAGCUGGGUAAAGAAAUUGGCGCCUAUGUUUAGUCGCAGCGCCGAGGACAGCGCAAGUACGAUGGACGAAAAACAUAGAAGUAAGUUGCUUCGAGAUUGUCUGGUGGAUUUAGAGAAAAUAUGGCAAGAGAUCAUGGAAAGUAGACAGGGUCUGCCGUUCAUCAAAGUGAGAUAUCGACUUAGAACUUACACGGAUUGCAUGUCCGGGAAAGCGAUUGUUGAUUGGCUGCGAGAAAAUGACAAAGUUCGAGGACCCGAAGCGGACUUGCAGGCGCUUUGGCUUGGAAAAGCUCUGAUUGACGCCAGCUUCUUGACUCCUUUAAAUAGUAGAAACAACGAGUUCAAAAAUGAUGCAAAUAUUUUCUACCGAAGUGCUGGUGAAAACGCCUUUGUUAUGUCUUUCACCAACUCUCAGCGGGACAUUUUGGGGUCUGGAAGUGUAUCAAGAGCCCAAAAAACUGCCUCGGAUGAAAGUGGUGAUUUAGAAAGUGAACCUCCCUGGGUGCAGCAUGUACAGGGUAGUUCUUCCGAAGACGAAUCUGAGUCGGAUGAUGAGGCACUUGGGUAUUCCAAUCGGGACUCAGGCCUCCGACCAGGAGUUGCCCAUUUCCCGUCAACGUCCAUGGAGCAGUCUUUAUACCCUCAGCCUCCGAAUACUGGCUUUUCUGACAGCUACGACUAUUGGUCUGCCGAUAUGAGUAUGAAACUGAAGAGAGAUCAUCUGGCAUUCUCAAGAGAUGGAAGCGUAGACUACUUCCCAGUGCUACCUCUUAGUCUCGAGGCGUUGGAAAUGUCUGUCAAUGAGAUACCGUCGGCAGCAAACACUCCUAUGCUGAUGCCUAGCUUGUCAACUCCAUCACUGGGUUCGGCGCUCGUACCUGUUAUCAAAAUCAAAGAAGAUGAGUCUGUUCUGAACGACCGUCAAGCGGUCCAAGAGAUCUCGAAAAACUCGUAUCUGAUGCACAUGAUUGCCUUUUUGCAUCAACUGUUAUGCUAUUACGACGUAGACUUCAGAUGGGCACCAUUGUUGUUCAGACUGUCGAAAACUUUGGGAGAGACAGUGAAGCCUAAUUUCCGAAACAAUGAUGCUCUCGAUAUAAGGAGAUAUGUCAAGGUUAAAUGUGUCCCUGGAGGUGAGGCCGAGGACUCGAGAAUCAUCAACGGAGUUGCUUUCUCUGGAAACGUCACCUGCAAGGGAAUGAAUUCAAUAAUUGAAGAGCCUUCUUAUGCUCUGCUAUGUCGCGGAAGUGUAGAAUGCAACAACCACCGCAACUCAGAAGGGGAUCCUACCCGAAUGGUCAGCUUGCAGACUAUCUUGGGUCAGAAAAAGAUGUACAACGAACUAUGCACAAAGCGAAUUCUGGCCAUAAAGCCAUACAUCAAUUUGGUGCUGAUGGAAUUCACAGUUGCUUCCAAAGUGCAGAAGUUGCUAAUGGAAGAAAACAUUUCAGUUGUGAAGAAUAUAAAGCAGAUAAAUUUGCAGCGACUUGCGAGAGUGUUAGAGUGCGAAGUUGCAGAUAGAGUGGAGAACCUUGGUUUGACUGACACACAAUACACGCCAGGACGAUACAAGAAGUUUUAUGUGGAGUAUUUCAAGAUAGGAAGCAUGAACAAGAGUAUAUGUGUUUUUGACGAGUGUGUGAAAGAAAAGUUUGCCACUAUUUUGCUGAGGGGAAGUGAAGAUGCAGCCGAGUUGAAGAAAGUGAAGCAUAUUUUGCUGGAGAUGACGUUGGCCAACUACAACAGGGUUUUAGAGCGCGCAUACUUCCUGGACUCAAAUGGACAGCAUCGAGUAUUCUUCAAACACUUGCCAUUCACUGCCAAAAUCAUGGAGUUCACUGCACAGCAUUUGAGCAAAGUUGUGCCUGCGAAUAACAUGAAUUUACUGCACAAAAGAUCAGAAGCAGUUCAGAAGAUACGUGAGCAGAGUGCAAAUGCAAGUCCCGCAACUUCAUCACCGGUUUUAAAAUCGAGAUUUACUGGAACUAAAGGCGCGAUCUCAGUUUUGGACACUGCAUGCGUUGAAGCGCCACUGGAACCCAACGAAAACAGUCUAUUCUAUAUACACAGUCAGCAGUUCAGAUCCACUGUUCUCUCAAUGUCUCCUCAUGUGCUCAUUAGCUGCCCAUUUCUGGAAAGUAACCUGGGGUACAACUCACCAAUCCGGAGAUAUCUGGUGCCGAGAGCUCAGGUGGCAAAAGAAAACAAAGAUAUGAGAAAAUACUGGAGUGGAUUGUUUCCAGGAGAAACACCGCUCCCGCCAGUGUUCAAAUCCGACGGAAUAAUGGAGAAUUUGGAAGAUGUUGCGCCUGAGUUUGACCUUGAAAUGCUGCCGUUUGAAGAAACUGCAAUUUUUGACCCAUCUAACAUAGUUGAGUUGCCUCCUCAUCCGUUUUUGAGUUACAUAACUAGCAAGCCUUUAGACGGACCGGAGUUUCUGAACCUUCUGGCCGAUUUCAGAUUAAGAGGUUAUAAUUUAGCUUUCGAUGACAUCGCAAACAUCAGAGAUAGGCAUAAUAAGCGAAUGAUGGAAAAACGAAGAGCAUUCGACUGUAAAAUGAACAAAAGGAAACUUCAUUUCCAGUCCAGAAGACAAAAGCCUGAUUGUCUGGAUUACAGGUACCACCAGAAAAUCAAUGUCCUUAUUUUGAUCUCUUCUAACAGUCAAUCAAAAGAUCCCAGCAGAUGUUGCUACUUGAUCUACAGAGACUUGCCGUUUUACCUUCAAGGAGAUAUGACCUUAGGAAGUUUCCUGGAAAAAUUCUGCUUUUCGGAUAAAGUUUGCAUCAAUCCACAAUGUGAGUUUGCUCCCGAAGUGCAUAAAAGAAGGUUCUUCAGUGCGAAUUACUGCUUGCAUGUAUCACUACAUAACGAAGUAAAGACAUCUCAGAAGCCUCCAGACACAAUUGUGAUGUGGAAUUUUUGUCCCAGUUGCAAGAAGUUGGGGCAAAUCUCAAAGAUGUCUGAAAACACCUGGAAUUAUUCAUUCGGGAAGUUCCUGGAAAAUUGUUUGUCGGCGUUCAACGUGGAAGUGGUUCAUUCAGAAUAUACACCAAGUGCAUCUCCAGCGUCGAGUCCAGAUCACACCUCAGUUUGUAGCCACUCUAUGUUCAGAGAUCAUCAUCAGUAUUUCAUGUACAAACAGCGUGUCGCCGCUUUUCGGGUGUCGAAAAUAAAUGUCUAUGAAGUGGCUUUCCCGGAAAAGUUUUCCCUUUUUGGCUCAUUCAAAUACUCGUUGAAGAAAUUCAACGAUGAGCAGAAAAGUCUGUUCAGUAAAAUCGAAGGUGUUUCGAAAGAAGUCGAUGAUAAAUUGAACAGGUGCGGUGAACAUUUGAAAAAUAUCAAAGACGAGUCAGGAAGUAGCAGCAUCAAAAGCGCCAAAUAUAAGGCGGCGCAAAAUCUCAAGCAAAUUUGUCAGAGCUUCGAGGUGAACAUCAAAAGUGACUGUUCCCUGGUCAAAGCAGAGCUAGAACAGAACUGCCAGACAUCAGAUAGUGACUGGAUAAGAUACGAUACAAUUCUGCUAAUGAAGCAUGUUUUCUACCAGUUUUGCCUUAAAUGGAGUGCUAACUUGUCAAAACUUGUGCGAGCAGAAAAUGAAUACAAAGCUAUUUUGGGCAAAGACAACAGGAACCUGGGUAUGUCUAACCUCUAUGCAACCCAAUUCUAUUUGAACUCGACGUCGCCUAUCGAAAGAGUGACAUCUAACAGCUCAGUAGCUCUCGAUAAUUUUGAGCUGGAAUGUUCAACUGAAUCCACCGGCUCCCACAAAAACAUGGGAACUGAUCAUUUUGGCGAGGAUCCAUUCGACAAUCAAUUCGAGAUCAAAGAUAUGGAAACUGAGCGGAAAGUUGAUGCGAAACAGUCGCUUUAUCAUCAGAGUCCAAUCGUCGAGGCAACUACGGAAGGAGCCACUGUUGCAGUGAACAUCGUUAGCCAAAGAAAAUCAAAAGUCGAAGACGGUAUCAUGCAAUUUGUUAAAGUAACUACCAAGGCAAGCAGUCCUAAGAAAUCGCACGUCGACAUUGAAGAGUCGUUUUGUAUGCCAGACGGUUAUGUACGAAAACGAGGAAAAUUCACGAAAGCAAAAGAAGUUAUGUGUAGGUCGAUUCCUCACGAGAAUAACCGUGAAACGGCGUCCAGUUCGUCAUCUCGUCCAACCACAACUAGUAGUAACGCAUCGCAGAUCACUGAAGCGUCAUCAAAGGAUGGCUCUGUUAGGAAUAUAACAUGCGAUGUACAUGCAAGACAAGAAGAUGUCGGAAAGCGAGUAGUUGUCACCUAUGAUUCACAAACAAAACAAGGAGUGUUGAAAUGGGUUGGACAUUUGACCGGGCCCGAAGUGGGCUCGAACCACACUCAAAACUUGUUCGGUGGAAUUGAGCUUGACGAAGAGCAAAAUGUAGGUGGUAAUGGUUGUUUCAACAAAGAGCAAAUUUUCGAAUGCGAGACUAAUAGAGGGGUGUUUGCUCCUCUUGUUGGAGUUUUUCUUCUUCAGAAUACCGAAAGUGGCAACGAUGAAGCUCACGGAAAUCAUCCAGAACCGUUUAUGGCGACCAAGGCCAUUAACAAGCCAGUACCUGAGCUGUCUUCUCAUUUUCCAUUUAACGAGAAAGAGCACUUUAUUAUGGACGUAGAUAAAGACGACCAGUUCAUGCCUAUUUUAAUCAGGGAUAACGAACCGGGUUCCAUCAUUGCCUAUUCAAUGGCUUCGAGUUUUUACAGAAGCAAGCUUGCUAAAGAAGAAGCAGAGAUAGCGAGCAUGUAUACCAAUAGCAACACAGUUUUUAUAGAUCAAAAGAUGGUCGAAGCAAGUUUAAUGUUGCCAGAUAACCAACGUUAUACGUUCAAGUCCAAAACAAAGGAUUUUGAAACGAGCACUUGCAAAGAUUCAAUGCGACCUGUAAAUGUUUCGAAUGCAGCAGCGGCAGCUACUGGCCAGCCGAAACUGAAGCAGAUGUUUAUUGAGCAUACUUUCUCAAGCUUGUCUGACAAGGAAAGAAGAUGUGAUUUCUACUGCAAGAGCUGGUACCCUCUCGAGUUCAGAAAUCUGAGAAACAGAACAUUCAUUCCAAAGGAAGGGGAAGAUGUUGAAAAGUGGUUUAUCAAAUGCCUCAGCGAGACCGUUGAGAUCAAAAUGAGUGCAGGAAAGUCCAAAGCUCACUUCUAUCAGUCGCAGUGCAAGAGAUUCAUUCUGAAGUCGUUGAAAUCUGCAGAAGGUCUAGACUUUAUUGACCCGGAGUUCGCGACGAACUAUUUCGCGUAUUUGAAUAAAUGUCUGGACGAAGGGAACCCAACUACACUGUGCAAGAUUUUCGGAGUGUACCAAGUGACUGUUAAAAAUAUGUUCACGAAUGAACAGUACAAGAUGUUCCUGAUAGUGAUGGAAGACUUGUUCUAUAACAGAGAUUGCAGUCGCAACUUUGACCUCAAGGGAGUUCAUAAAUUGCUGACUGCCUCCGAACCAAGUUACAAAACAGUUGUGGAAAACAAGAAGAUGAUUCUGGACCAACACAUGACCUCUGUAAUACAGGAGGACCCCAUAAUCACAAGACCACACAGCAAGCAUGUUUUAAUGGAGGCAAUUGAGAGAGAUGGAAAAUUCCUGUCAGAUAAUGGCCGCAUAGAUUACUCGCUUCUGAUUGGUCUAGAUGAUUCAAGAAGUGAGAUGGUGGUGGGAAUUGUGGACUAUUUGCGCAAGUUUGGACUGGAUAAGAAAUUCGAGAUGGUAACGAAGACGGUUAUCAUCAUGUUCUCAAAUCCAGUUAAUAGACCAGCGGAUUCUAGGGAAAUGAUGCCGACGAUAGUGUCUCCGGAUCUUUACUACGAGCGCUUCAUGAUCCAGAUGCAGCAGUUCAUACUCGCAGUGCCCGACAGAUGGUUCGGGCUUGAAACCGGAGUGGAGAAGUGGUCAUGUGGAAUCAACAGUCAGGGCUGGUCCACUGCCCUAGCUGGAAACAGAUUGGAAAAGGUGCAGUGUCUUGAUCCAUAUCCGACAUAUCUCAGCUACUGGGAGCCGAAUAAGGUGAUCGAUAAGCAAACUGCAUAUCCGGAAGAAAACUGAUAUUUGUCUCUUUUUCGUUUUGGAGACCACAAACUAAAUUGGUUUUCUCGAAUUGAGAGCGUUUAGGUGUCUUAAAAGGUAUAAAUGGUGCUUCUAUUUUGUUAUUUCCAAAUAUGGUGUGUUUGAGUAUAUCACUGGAGAUAUUUUCAAUUAAAUUUAUAGUCAAAGUUGUAAUUGUUUACUUUUUUCACUCUAUCCAAUAAAUUUAGAUUGUGAA